UGGUGGGCGUCACUGCGUCUCCGUGCUGUGGGUCUCAUCACUCCAACGGCCACAGCAAAUCAAGGUCAAUCGAACCAUGAACAACGGCGAACAAAGACGCCUAAACGGAGAAGCUGAGGAAGACGAAGACGACGACGACGCAAACAAUGGUGGCCUUGCUGCCUGGGAGCGAGCUUACGCCGACGAGAGGUCGUGGGAGUCUCUGCAGGAGGACGAGUCCGGACUUCUCCAGCCCAUUGACAACCAGUCCCUCAAACAUGCCCAAUACCGCCGCCGCCUUCGCGCCGCCUCCACUGCCCGAAUCCAAAAGGGUCUCAUUCGUUAUCUUUUCAUUGUUAUCGACCUCUCUAAGGCAGCUGCAGAAAUGGAUUUUCGACCAAGCCGAAUGGGGGUCGUUGCGAAACAUAUUGAGGCUUUCAUAAGAGAGUUUUUCUACCAGAAUCCGCUUAGUCAAGUUGGCCUGGUGACUGUAAAAGAUGGUGUUGCUCAUUGCUUGACGGAUCUUGGUGGCAGUCCCGAGUCUCAUGUUAAAGCUUUGAUGGGUAAACUGGAAUGCUCUGGUGACUCGUCCCUACAGAACGCAUUGGAUCUUGUACAUGGGUAUCUUAAUCAGAUUCCAUCAUAUGGUCAUAGAGAAGUAUUGAUCUUAUAUUCAGCUCUCAGUACCUGUGAUCCUGGAGAUAUAAUGGAAACUAUCCAGAAGUGUAAGAAAUCCAAAAUUAGGUGCUCAGUUAUCGGUCUCUCAGCAGAAAUUUUCAUAUGCAAACAUCUAUGCCAAGAAACCGGUGGCUUGUACUAUAUUGCAUUGGAUGAGGCACACUUAAAAGAGUUGAUAUUGGAACAUGCACCUCCACCUCCAGCAAUAGCAGAAUUUGCAAUUGCUAACUUGAUAAAGAUGGGCUUCCCACAAAGAGCAGCAGAGGGCUCUGUGGCCAUUUGUUCAUGUCACAAGGAGGCAAAGGUAGGAGCUGGAUACACUUGUCCUAGGUGCAAGGCUCGUGUUUGUGAGCUACCUACAGAAUGUCGCAUUUGUGGGCUGACACUCAUUUCUUCCCCUCAUUUAGCAAGGUCUUAUCAUCAUCUCUUUCCCAUUGUACCUUUUGACGAGGUCCCUCUGUCACUACUAAUUGAUCAACAAAACAAGUUUCCUAGAGCUUGUUUCGGCUGCCAACAAAAUCUUCUCGGUCCUGGAAACAAGCCCGGCCUUCGGGUCGCUUGCCCAAAAUGCAAACAGCACUUCUGCCUUGAAUGCGACAUAUAUAUUCAUGAAAGCUUGCAUAACUGCCCAGGUUGUGAGAGCACUAGGCAUUCCAGGAUUCCAAAUAUAAAUGAAGGAUGAAGUACAGCAGAUUUUAAUACGAUGCUGCCUCCACAUAUGCGCCGGUCUCGCACGCCUCACCAUGGUACCCGAACGUAUGACCUGGCUACUGUCACGGGUGCUAGUUGUUCAAAGCAAGCAGCUACCGUGGUGGCUUUGGGGAGUCCGCGAUCCUUUCAUCAAACGUUGCAAGAGAAAAAACAGUAGUGUUUACAGUACCAUGAAUCUGAGUUUCGAAAAUUAUUGCCAUAUCGAUCGUUUUGAAGAAACAGAGGAAUUUUCCCCUUAAUUCCAGUUGGAGAUUUGUUACUGCUAACUUCGUAGAGGGGUAUUUGUACUUGGAUAGACCUGACUUCUUAAGAUUGGAGAUUUGUUUCCGCCUUGGUUUUGAUCGGAAGAAAAUGGCAUUUUUCCGACCUGUUUGUCGAUAAUUUUUAUAUAUAAUUCUCAAUUGCCUCUCA